CUCCUGGUGGGCAAAACAGGCUGUGGGAAAAGCGCCACUGGAAACAGCAUCCUCCAACGACCAGUGUUCGAGUCCAAGCUGCGGGCCCAGGCAGUGACCAGAACGUGUCAGGCAGAGGCUGGCACGUGGAAUGGGAGGGAACUCCUGGUGGUUGAUACACCCCCCAUCUUUGAGUCCAGGGCCCAGACUGAAGACGUGUACAAAGACAUCGGGGACUGCUACCUGCUCUGCACCCCAGGGCCCCAUGUGCUGGUCCUGGUGACUCAGCUGGGUCGCUUCACGGCCCAGGACACGGAGGCAGUGAGGAGGGUGAAAGAGGUCUUUGGAGUGGGGGCCAUGAGACACAUGGUCAUCCUCUUCACCCACAAGGAGGACCUAGAGGACGAGUCCCUGGGUGAUUAUGUGGCCAACACAGACAACCGCAGCCUGAGGGGCCUGGUCCAGGAGUGUGGGAGGAGGUUCUGUGCCUUCAACAACCGGGCCACGGGGCAGGAACAGAGGGCGCAGCUGGAG